AGUGGAAGUGGUGGGAAGGCACCACAUUACACCGUUGUGCAACCACAUCCUGAAUCACCAUGCUGACAGUGACGCCUUUAGCUUGCUGCCUGAUUAUUCUUCCACUCAGUCUUCAGACGUUAACACAUCCGUGUCUCCGGCACCGCUUCUCUCUUCAAGUUUAGAAUUUCACAUUAAAAAAGUCUGGUCUGCUGUGUUUUCCCCUGCCUGCCCAGCGUCUGACACCAGUGAGUCAUCUCCAUGGCUCCUCCACCUCCAGCCCUGCUGCUGCUGUGGGGUCUCACUUUGCUCUUUGGUGGAGCAUCUGCAUCUCUCUGCAAUGUCACCUGCACCACUGACUAUAAUCGGAUAUUAAACUGCUCCUGCUCUGGCUCUGUGCCAACACUUCCUGUUCUUCUCACUGUGACUUGCAGCACUCAGGACACAAACCUUAAUAAGAGCUGUGAGACCAAACCGCCUCAGUCCUGGUGCAUCAUCAAUGAGGACCUCACCUACGUCGCUUCCACCGAUACGCUGUGCGACGCCACCGCCAGGCAGCCUGGCAGCCGAGGCCUGGUGGUUCUCAGUGAGUCAAUGCAAUGGGAGCUCGCUUCUGUGGUAAAACUUGAAGCUCCUGAUACUGUCAGAGUGGAAAAGGCAGCUGGAAUCUACAACAUUACCUGGAGCAACAAAGGUCAAUACAUUUCCUGCGUGAUGAACAGAGUCCGCAUAAGAAAUACAAAAACCCUAUCUGAGGAUUUAAUUUCUAUGCAUUCAUCAAACCGGAGGUACUUUGAGCUGGAUCAGAAAAAGCUGCAGAACAGCGCGUCCUACGUUGUGGACGUUCAGGCAAAAAUCUGUGAGGAUGAGUUCAUUGUGGGUCCGUGGAGUGAAUGGAGCACCGGUGCAGAGUGGAGCACACCGGCUGACCCUCCAGAUGAAAAAGGAGUGAAUUUUUACUGGCUUUACAUCUCGACGCCCAUCAUCCUCAUCCUCGCCCUCCUGCUGCUGGGAUACCUACAAAAACCGUGCUGGCAGAAAAAACUCAAAAUGAUGACGUUCGUCCCCAGACCCAACGAUUAUUUCAAGCCCCUCUACCACAGCCACGGUGGGAACUUUAAGGAGUGGGUGAAGCCGGUGUUCAACGAGUACGAUUACCUAAAGAUCACCACCUGUGUCAUGCUGAGCGAGAAACAGAGCGAAAUCCUCAGCUGGAGCAACGAGAAGCCGAGCUACAACGAGGUCACCGAGGUCAAAGCUGCUGAUGACUUCCUGCAAGCCCAACAGCUUCCCAACAACCUGCUGAUGACGUUUCAGGACAGCAGCACCUCGCAGGGCACCAUCCACUCCACGGGACACAUCUCCAUCCACACCGUCACCCUGUCCGGAGAGGAGUUUGAGGGGGACGAGACAUCACAGAGCUCGCUGAAAAGCUUCCAGGACGCAGGAAGCUUUGGCUCGUUUGACGACGACAACAGGAAGCGUGUUGCUUCCCGGACGGAGCGGCACAGUGGGAUAUCACUACGAGAAAACCAGAUCGCCAAUGAUUUGAUACUGGAGAACCAAAACUUUCUGCCGGAUGGUGAGUUCAACGAAGCAGAGCGGGUGUCGCUCAACUCUUUCGCGUCAAAUGAAGAGUCGGAGGACGGCUACCCUCACGUGGACUUGGACACCAUCGACAGCGGCUUCGGAGAGUGCGGCAGUCCUGGAGCCUCAGACUCAAACUCUAACUCAUUUCCUGAGGAAAAACACUUCAAUUCAAACUAUGUCAAGCAGUGGAUAUGCAGCACAAUUCAGGAAGACACCAGCACGAUGAACAAUGAACUCAAUGAGACAGUGACUGCAGCUUCUGACUCACAGCUACAAUAACUGCAAGAAGAAUCACAAUGUUGCGGAUCCUCAUGCAUUUGUUAUUUUGAAUGAACAAAGUAGUCAUUUAUUUUUUUUUAAAUCCACUAAAACAGGUUUUAGUGAUGUCUGUUUAUUGUUAAUUUAAUGGAACUGAGAUUCUUGUAUGAUUUGAAUGAGACACCUUUUUAGCUUCACCUUUAUUUGUACAGUUAAGUUUGUCUCAAUAAAGAUCUGCUCUUAACUGUACAGAAUGCAAAUGUUUAAAUAUGUAUAUAUGUAAGUAAAUGUAUCAAUAUUUUAAAAAACCCUUUGAUAAGAUGAUUUCAGAAGAUGCAUUUGAUGUAAAUUUAAGCUGCAGGUCAAACAGUCAGGUGGAAAACAAUGCAACAGAGUAACAUCAGAUACAAUGUAGAAGAUAAAGGAGCAGGGCAGCAAAGUUUGCGCGACAAUAAAAAUAAAAUACAAUGGCGUCAUGAGCAUUAAGAUGCCAAGAUGCAUCAGUAACCUUCUGAUCCACAAAGCGAAUGUCUGAAGGCCGAAAGCAACACCCUCAAAUGAAACAUGUUGGUGUUUUUAGCAGCCCUGGGACUUCAGCUCAGUGAUUCUGCCUCCAUCUUGCUCAGAUGUAAAGGUCAUGCAUUCUACAGCUAUAGCAUCAGCAUGUAGGCUCCCUUAUCAAGAUGUCUGAUAAUGGUUAUUUCCUUGCGCUUGCACAUUUUUCUGUAACCACUGUAACCAACCGUCCUGUUUGUGCAGUGUACAAGAAAAGAAAGCAAAACGGCCAACAUGAUGAUUUUUGACUCUUAUAUUUCCAUAUAAAGGCAACUGUUGCAUGCAAUUCACUUAGUUUCUUCUAAUGUUUGGCUAUUCUAUAGGAACUAUAGAUGUUGG